GCCCCGCCGCGUGAGGCGCGCGCGCGCGUGGCGGCCGCGGCGGGAUGUUCGUGGCGCGCAGCAUCGCCGCGGAUCACCGCGACCUCAUCCACGAUGUGUCCUUCGACUUCCACGGGCGCCGCAUGGCCACCUGCUCCAGCGACCAGAGCGUCAAGGUCUGGGACAAAAGUGAAAAUGGAGAUUGGCAUUGCACUGCCAGCUGGAAGACACAUAGUGGAUCAGUGUGGCGUGUGACAUGGGCCCAUCCUGAAUUUGGGCAGGUCCUGGCUUCCUGCUCGUUUGAUAGAACAGCAGCUGUAUGGGAAGAAAUAGUGGGAGAGUCAAAUGAUAAACUCCGAGGCCAGAGUCACUGGGUCAAGAGGACUACUCUGGUAGACAGUAGAACAUCUGUUACAGAUGUGAAGUUCGCUCCCAAGCACAUGGGGCUUAUGUUAGCAACCUGUUCAGCAGAUGGAGUUGUAAGGAUCUAUGAAGCUCCAGAUGUGAUGAAUCUCAGCCAGUGGUCACUGCAGCAUGAAAUCUCAUGUAAGCUCAGCUGCAGUUGUAUUUCUUGGAAUCCUUCAAGCUCUCGAGCACAUUCUCCAAUGAUUGCUGUAGGAAGUGAUGACAACAGUCCAAAUAUACUGGCUAAGGUUCAAAUUUAUGAAUAUAAUGAAAAUACCAGGAAAUAUGCAAAAGCAGAAGCUCUGAUGACAGUCACAGAUCCUGUACAUGAUAUUGCAUUUGCUCCAAAUCUGGGAAGAUCCUUCCACAUCUUAGCUGUAGCAACCAAAGAUGUACGAAUUUUCACGCUAAAACCUCUAAGGAAAGAAUUGACUUCAUCAGGAGGAUUAACAAAAUUUGAAAUACAUAUUGUGGCACAGUUUGAUAAUCACAACUCCCAGGUGUGGCGAGUGAGCUGGAAUAUUACAGGCACGGUGCUUGCCUCCUCUGGUGAUGAUGGCUGUGUUAGGCUCUGGAAGGCUAAUUACAUGGACAACUGGAAGUGUACUGGUAUACUGAAAGGUAAUGGGAGUCCAGUGAAUGGUAGUUCUCAGCAGGGAAUUUUUAAUGCCUCUCUAGGUUCCGCCAAUACAAGUCUGCAGAAUUCACUAAAUGGAUCAUCUGCCAGCAGAAAGCAGAGCUGAUACCAAGCUAACUCUGGAGUAACUUUGGUGUUUUGCUGCUUGUUGCAUGCACACAGGAAUGGAAAACGAACUCCUUUUUCCCCUUCCCCAACGCCGUUUGACCUCUCCCAAGACACCAGCAGCCUGCUAACUACUAAAUACUGUUCAAAAAGCCUUUUUAAAACACGUUGUGUGCGUUUUUUGUACUAGCCUGCACAGUUUGAUACUGAUGGAAUGCCCGAUAGAAAAAUAUUUGGAGAGGCAUCUUGUUUGGAAAAAAAAACAUAAACAACCCACCCAAACCCCAAAACUUCCAUCAGAACGUAUUUUUGAAAGCUUGUAAAAUUAAAAGAUAGUUCAUGAUCAAAAUCAAGAAUUUUUGUCCUUGAUUGGGAUGGGAGGAGGGAGACGACCAUUACAAUAACUUUCAUUAAAAUUGUUUUGAGAACCAAUUUGUUUUGCAUUUCAGAGUGUUCAGCAUUUGAUUAAGAUUUCUAAACAUUACAAGGUUGUAACUGCUUUGUAAUAUAUGCAACUGAUAGUUCUGAAGGAGUAAGAAAACUGUUUUGACAAUUGUACAGAUGAUGGCUUUUAAUGGUUUGGUAUUGCUUCAUUUUUAUUCUUUAGUAUGACUUCAAAUAAAUGUUUUGUAAGUACUGUCAUACUUCCUUCAUCCUAAAAGAAGUACUUUUCCUGUUACGUAUUUGUACAUCCCUACGGUAAUAGUUAUAAUUACAUAGAGUACUUAAAUUCUCUAAACACAGUAUUCUUGAAAAUUGCAAACACUUUAGCCAUACAGAGAUAUAAACCAAAAUGCAGUUUGUUGUUAAUUGUCCCAUAAUUUCAUUAAUAAACUGUUAGCUGUUCUUUGAUGUAAGUCCACAGAAUUGUAAACAAGACAGAAAACAAUUAUACUAAAAUGCACAAGUGUUACGGGUAAGUUCUAAUAAAAACAGCAGCAAGAU